GAAUUUGGGUGUGGCUGCUGACUUGGGAAGGAAGCGAUCCGCGCACCAAGUUCAAGUUCAUCGCAGUCGUGAGUUCACUGCUUAAAAUUGCAGCCUAAAAUUUGCUGCCGGGAUAUCUGAGAAUCUGUUUUCCAUGGAUAUCGACUCCAAAGAGUAUCAGCUGAGGUGUCAACUUCAAGGUCACGAAGACGAUGCUCGCGGCAUAUGUAUAUGUGGCGACACAGGUAUUGCGACUUCUUCCAGAGACAGAACAGUUAGGUUUUGGACUCCAAGUGAAUCACAGAAGCAUGGAUAUGCCAUAUCAAAGAUAUUGUUGGGCCACACUAGUUUUGUGGGACCACUGUCUUGGAUUCCACCGAACGAGGAGUUUCCUGAGGGUGGGAUUAUAUCAGGAGGGAUGGACACCUUUGUUAUUGUGUGGAAUUUGGCCACUGGAGAGAAAGUUCGCAUGCUAAAAGGUCAUAAGUUGCAAGUUAGUGGAGUUGCAUUGGAUGGUUCAGAUAUUGUUUCUGUCUCUGUGGACUGUACAAUUAGACGCUGGAGGGGAGAGCAACAAAUAGAGGCCUGGGAAGCUCACAAGGCUGCAAUUCAAGCAGUUGUGAAAUUGCCUUCUGGCGAGAUUGUUACUGGAUCAAGUGACAUGACUUUGAAGCUGUGGAAAGGGAAAUCAUGUAUCCAUACUUUUUCUGGACAUACAGAUACUGUUCGAGGAGUAGCUAUUAUGCCAAAUUUAGGAAUUCUUUCGGCAUCACAUGAUGGUUCUAUUAGGCUAUGGGCGAUUAGUGGGGAACUUCUUAUGGAGAUGGUUGAUCACACAUCCAUUGUUUAUUCUGUUGAUGCUCAUUCUUCUGGGCUUAUAGUCAGUGGCAGUGAGGAUUGUUCAGCCAAAAUAUGGAAAGAUGGAAUUUGUGUGCAAAGCAUAGAGCAUCCUGGCUGUGUUUGGGAUGUCAAAUUCUUGGAAAAUGGUGACAUUGUGACUGCUUGCUCUGAUGGCAUUGUGCGCAUUUGGACUUCUGAGCAUGAUAGGAUCGCUGAUGUUGUAGAGCUUACUAAUUAUGCUUCUCUACUUUCUCAAUACAAGAUUAGUAGGAAGAGAGUGGGUGGACUGAAAUUGGAAGAUUUGCCUGGCCUAGAAGCAUUAAAGACUCCAGGAACUAGUGAUGGGCAGACAAAGGUAAUUCGAGAAGGAGACAACGGCAUGGCUUAUUCAUGGAAUAUGAGAGAACAGCAGUGGGAUAAGAUCGGUGAAGUUGUGGAUGGUCCUGAUGAUAAUGUUAAGCGUCCUUUGUACAAUGGCAUUCAAUAUGACUAUGUAUUUGAUGUUGAUGUUGGAGAUGGUGAGCCUAUACGUAAAUUGCCAUACAACCGGUCAGACAAUCCAUAUGAUGUUGCUGAUAAAUGGCUACUCGAGCAAAAUUUGCCUCUUUCCUACCGCCAACAAAUUGUAGAAUUUAUUAUGCAAAACUCAGGACAAAAAGAUUUUACUCCCGAUCCAUCUUUUCAAGACCCCUACACUGGAUCUAGUGCUUAUAUACCUGGAGGGCCAUCCAAAUUGCAAGAAAUGUCAAAGCCUUCUUACAAGCACAUUCCUAAAAAAGGAAUGCUUGUAUUUGAUACUGCUCAGUUUGAUGGGAUCCUCAAAAAGAUUUCAGAAUUUAACAGUGCCCUGCACUCAAACCAGGAGGAACAACACCUAUGGUUGAAUGAAGGUGAUGUCUCAAGACUAAACGCAGUCGUAAAGAUCUUGAAGGACACAUCGCACUAUCACAGCAGUAAAUUUUCUGAUGUUGAUAUUGCAUUGAUCAUGAAGAUCCCGAAAACAUGGCCAGUUUCAAUGCUAUUUCCUGUUGUUGAUCUGAUCAGGAUGACCGUGUUGCACCCUGAUGGUGCAUGCAGAAUUUGUCAUUAUAUUUCAAAUAUUGACGAUGUAGUUAUUGAAUUGAUCAAGAAGGUUACUUCAAGCCCUCCACUUCCUGCAAAUCUACUCACCAGCCUCCGUUGUGUGGCUAAUCUCUUCAAAAAUUCAUGCUUUAGUGACUGGCUACGAUUACACCGUGCUGAGGUUCUUGAUGCUUUUUCAAGCUGUUCAUCUUCAAAUAAGAACAUUCAAUUGUCUUAUGCAACUUUAUUAAUCAAUUACACUGUUCUUUUGAUUGAGGCAAAAGAUGAAGAAGGGCAAGCACAAGUUCUUUCUGCGGCUUUAGAGAUGGCAGAGGAGGAAACAGUUGAUCCCGAUUCAAGAUUUCGUGCUUUGGUGGCCAUUGGAUCACUGAUGCUUAACGGCUUAGUCAAAAAAGUGGCGUUGGAUUUUGACGUUGUAAGCAUAGCCAAGGCUGCAAAGGCAUCCAUGGAUGUCAAGAUUGCUGAAGUUGGAGCCGACAUUGAGCUCGUAGCAAAGCAGAACUGAAUGCAUUCUCGUAUAUAAUUACUCCCUCAGGCUUUUAUUGUUAUCCACAUGAAACCAUGGAGCCAUCUUCCCAACUUGAUUGAAAAAUCACUUCUUUUUACUGACAUUGCCUAGGAUUUUGGACUUGAAUUGAACACUUUAGUUCUACUUCUUAUUUACAUACAGGGUGUUUUCACCAAACUAUUUCUUAUUUAUGCAAAUUCCGAUAAAUAUUGUUCAAAAUACAAAACAAACACACCCUUAACCUAGAGGUACGUAUGCUAAUUAUGUUCUUAUGUUGCAUUUUCAAAAAUUAGUUUUGAACCUCUUUCGUUGGUUAACUUCA